AUGGGUUUGUUAGAGUUAUGCGAGAAGUAUUUUAAUACCAAUAAUUUAUAUGAAGUCUUGGAGAUUUCGGAACAAGCUUCUGAAAAAGAAGUUAAAAAAGCUUAUCACAAAUUAUCUCUGAAAGUACAUCCUGAUAGAGUUAAAGAUGAUGAAAAAUUGCAUGCCACUGAGAAAUUUAAAGUGCUUGGUAGUGUUCAUGCUAUAUUAAGUGAUAAAGAUAAAAGAGAACUUUAUGAUGCUACCAAAAGUGUUGAUGAGGAGGAAUACAACAUACUGAAAGAUAAAGACUGGACUGUGUACUGGAGAUUGCUCUUUAAGAAAAUUACCGAAGAAGAUAUUAAAGCAUAUGAAAAGGAAUAUAUUGGUUCUAAUGAAGAAAAAAAUGAUUUGAAAAAUGCUUACUUAGCUGGAAAGGGUGAUAUGGAUUACAUUGUAGAUCAAGUACAAUUUGCCAGAUCAGAACAUGAGCCAAGAAUACGAGGCAUUCUUACUGAAAUGAUAGAACAGGGGGAAAUACCAUCAUACAAAAUAUUUACUAAUGAGCCAGCAAGAAAAAGGCAGCGUCGGCAUGCUAAAGAAAAUCGCGAAGCAAAAGAAGCAGAGGAACUUAAAAAAUCUUUGGGUCUAUCUACAGGUGAAGAUAGUUUAGAACUUAUGAUAAAACAAAACCAACAAGCUAGAGCUAACCAGAUGAACUCAUUCAUUGAUGACUUAGCAAUUAAGUAUGGUGGACAAUCUUCAGCCAGAAAAAGAAAAGCUCCUGUUGAGUCAACCAAAAAUAAAAGGAAGAAG